CCCACCCCCACCUCCACAACCCCUGUCAUAUACCAAAGCUUUCCAUGUACUUCGAAGCUCCUCGAAAGGAAAGCAAGCUGCCAUUUCCAAUUCUUGAUUCUCCAAAAGCUUUGGCUUGGGAGCCUUCCUGAAAUUCCUGACCUCACACCUACCUACCUACCUACCGACCUCAGCCAUGGCCCAGAAGUGCGUUCAUCAAGGCUGCGGCAAAACCUUCAGCGACCCGGACGAGGUUUGCAAAUACCAUCCGGGACCGCCAAUAUUCCACGAGGGGCAGAAAGGGUGGAAAUGCUGCAAGCCUCGGGUUCUCACCUUCGAGGAGUUCAUGGAGCUACCGCCCUGCACCGAGGGCAAGCACAGCACGACCGACCUACCACCCAAGAUCGAGAAGAAAGAGACCGCCGAUCCGACACUCCUCUCCAACGCAUCUUUUCCAGCACCACCUCCCCGGGCCCCCAUAACUGUUGCGCAGACUGCGGCGACGCCUCCACCUCCGCCGCCAGAGUCUGAGGAUGACGACCCCAGUCUCGAGAUAGCGGACGGGCAGGCCUGUCGGCGGAGGGGCUGCGGCGCGCGCUACUCCAAGGGCCAGAACAGGGACAGGGAGGAGUGCACACACCACCCCGGGGCUCCCAUAUUCCACGAGGGCAGCAAGGGCUACAGCUGCUGCAAGAGGAAGGUCCUGGAGUUUGACCAGUUUAUGAAAAUCGAGGGGUGCAAGACGAAGCCCCGGCACUUGUUUGUCGGAAGCGGCAAGAAGGACGCCUCCGGGAACGCCAUUGGGUCGGGGGGCGAGGAGCUCUUGGAGACGGUUAGACACGACUUCUACCAGACUCCUUCGUCGGUAAUCGUCUCGUUCUUCCUGAAGAAGAUCGACAAGGAUACGGCCAAGGUGUCGUUCCAGGAACAGCAGUUGGACCUGGACCUGCCGACAACGGACGCACCGACGCCGAAGCGCUACAAGACAACGGUGCCGCUGUUUGGGCCCAUCGACACCGACAAGUCAUCCUUCAAGAUCCUGGGCACGAAGCUCGAGCUGAACCUGGUCAAGGCAGGCGGGAAUUCCUGGCCGGUGCUGCGCAGUGACGAGCCAUUGACGGGUGAGAUCCUGCAGAUUGGACGAGCCGGAAGGGCAUGAUGUGAAAGCCAAUGGGCUUAUCCUUAUGCAUGUUUGGUCGAGGGGCCAAGGACGUCUCGGCGAGCUACACGGCCAAGUCGGGAUGGAGACAGAUCUCGGCCUGUAAUCAAAAAGCAACGUGUACUACCUAGAGGCGGGAGAAAAGAAACCGGGGGACUGUUGCGUAGCGAGACAUGGAUAACUGUUCUUCUGCGACCAGAGCAGCCAACCACGGGCACGUAGACACUGAGUGACCACACCCGUCUAUGAGAGUUGGAACGAUCCAUGGUGGUGGAUGCCAGCGUCCAGAAAGAACACAUGCUCAAAAGACAGGAUUUCUGUGGCAUUCGGGAGCUCCAUU